AUGUGGAAAAAUCGUUGCCUACUGAGUAAUACCAAAAAUUUUUAUCAACCGUCAAGAGUAUCUAGAUUCAAAUCCAAUCUUAUUCAAUUAAGAAAUGAAUCUUCCUUUAAUUAUUUAAAUACUAGAUCGGUUGUAGAGAAAUCUACUAUAAAACAAUCCAAAAGAAAAUUGAAAAAUGCAAGUUAUAAUAAUACUUCAAAUACCAAUGAAGUUGUAGUUGGUAACAAUGAUACUACUACUUCAACUUUACCAAAUAUCAAUGAACUAGCCUCUACAGAUUCGUCUACGUUUUCCGAACAAAUUAAUGUUAACAAUACCAUUUCUAAUGAUACCAUACCACAACAAACAAGCCCAACAACCACUAAUAUUCCUACUAAUACUAUUCAAGAUUCACAGAUAUUAUCUCAUUCUAAUAUUUUGAAAACAUCUUCUACUAAUAAUAUUCCAAAGAUUAAAAAUCCAAAUGUCCAAAAGAUAAAACCAAUCGAUUAUUCUUGGUUACCAAAAGUACCUACUUUGAAAAAUUUGAAACAAAGAGAUGUAAUGACAAAUGUCUUGUAUUCAGGCUAUAGACCACUUUCGAUAGAUUUCAAAGCUUUAAACGAUCCAACAAACAUUUAUGAUCCAUAUAGUUCACCUAACGGUUCUAGUACUUUAUAUGAAUUUGCAAUGCAAUUACAAUCCUUAAGUGAAAUUUUUCCUUGGAUGUCUUCUGCUGCUGGUUUAGAAGUUUACUCAGAAUGGGAUUCCAUACCGAUUGAAGUUUUAAAGAAAUUAAAGCCUUUACAGUCUCCACAAAUGAUAAAAUUAUCCAAGAAUCAAUUUUCAAAUGAUAUAGAUGAUGAAGAUACUCUUUUGAAAAAAAUAUCUCAAAAUUUAAUCAAUUCUAAAAUUAAUGAUUCUGUGAAUCCAAAAAAGGGUAGAAAGAGACCCAUAGUAACUUUAUUACAAAAGAAAAAAAAAUUGGAAUCAUAA